GACACUCAGUGUUACGUAACAUUUCCGUGUUGGGACUUUUUUCCCCUCUGCCUACAACCCGCAGCCAAAUAACAUGAGACGGAUCAUGCCUGCAGGAGCAAACUGAGUUUACAGAGGGUCCAUUUAAAUAUUUGCAUCAUGAUUUUUGAAGCCCUUUUUGAGUGUAUGGACUUCACUAGUUGGCUGUUCAUCAGUUUUAUAGUGUUACUCCUGACAGAUGUGAUCAGAAACUGGAGACCAAACAGCUUUCCCCCUGGACCCUGGGCUGCGCCUUUUCUAGGAAAUAUCUUGAUAGGAUUUGACUUCAAAGCAAUGGAGAAGCUCUCUCAGGAGUAUGGUCCAGUGUUCAGCUUGAGGAUAGGCAGCCAGAGGAUGGUGUUUGUUUCCGGGUACAAGAUGGUCAAAGAGGCUCUUGUUAUCCAGCUGGACAGCUUUAUUGAUAGACCUAUUUUACCUCUUUUCCAUGCUGUCUUUAAGGGGAUUGGUAUAGCUUUGAGCAAUGGGUACUUGUGGAAAAAGCAAAGGAAGUUUGCCAACACUCACCUGCGUUACUUUGGAGAGGGCCAGAAGUCCCUGGAAAAAUACAUUGAGGUGGAAAACACCUACAUCUGUGAAGCUUUCAAAGAGGAACAAGGAAGGCCAUUUAACCCCCAUUACAUCAUAACGAAUGGAGUGUGUAACAUCAUCUCCUCCGUGCUCUUCGGACAUCGCUUUGAGUACAGCGAUCAAAGCUUCCGCAGGAUUCUGGACUUGGACAAUGAGGCUAUUAGGUUAGCUGGCUUACCUCAGACUCAGCUGUAUGAUGCCUUCCCUGGUGUGCUGAAGUACCUGCCAGGACCUCACCAGACUGUGUUAAAGAACUACACGGAGAUCUUGGCUUUCCUGAGAUCAGAAGUAGUGAAGCACCAGGAAGAGUGGAACCCAGAGGACCCUCGUGAUUUUAUCGAUGUUUACCUGGGAGAGAUGGAGAAGAAAAAGGAGGAUCCCCAGGCUGGCUUCAACAUUGAAACCCUGCUGGUUUGCACCCUGGACCUGAUAGAGGCCGGUACAGAAACGUCAGCCACCACUUUACGCUGGGCCCUGAUGUACAUGAUGCACUAUCCAGAGAUACAGGAGAAAGUCCAGGCAGAGAUAGACUCAGUGAUCGGACAGUCUCGUCAGCCCACCAUGGCCGACAAGCCCAACAUGCCUUACACUGAAGCUGUCAUCCAUGAAGUUCAAAGGAUGGCAAAUAUCAUUCCCCUUGGAUUCCCAAAAAUGGCCAGUAAAGACGCUACACUGGGAGGAUACUCAAUACCCAAAGGAACAACUAUUACUACAAUCCUUGCGACUGUGCUGUUUGAUAAGAAUGAGUGGGAAACUCCGGAUACCUUCAAUCCGGAGCAUUUCUUGGAUUCGGAGGGGAAAUUUCGCAGAAGAGACGCCUUCUUACCGUUUUCAGCAGGUAAACGUGUGUGUUUAGGGGAGCACCUGGCCAGAAUGGAGCUGUUCCUUAUGUUCACAGUUCUCCUCCAGCACUUCACCAUCUCCCCUGUGCCUGGAGAGAUGCCCAGCUUGGACGGUGUGCUGGGUUUCACCAAUUCCCCCCAGCAGUUCAGGAUGCUAGCUGUGCCUCGCUGAUUUGCUCCUAUUCCACCUCAGGAUCACAAAACAGUCUUAAGUCCAACAGAUUGCUAAUGUUGUUAUGGAAAUAAUUGUCAUAGACGCCAAGAUGUGACAUACAGGACCAACCCUUGAUGUCUGUUUACCUCCUUUAAGGACACAGGCUGCUUAGCCAAUAAUGUUAUUGUUCCCAUUCUGUGACCGGUCAAUACUGGGUCACAGAUGGUCUGUGUUGUGGGUACACUGGGACACUUCCUUCUCUGUAUUUGUGGACUCCAAGGUGAAAUCUUCGAGGUCAUAAGUGUCCGACGCAAGUGACUCAGUGUUCCCACACUGUUUAGGCUAUCUUCUCAAAUAUGUUGUUUACUCUCUGCGAAACCAGUUAGAUGGGCUGGCAAGAGAGAGGCUCGCCAGAAUUGACGUGGCAACUCUACCGUGAAGUCAGAACCUCUGACUCUUGGACUUGUGAUGUGAAUCCUCCGGCCGUUAACUCCAAAUAAACCACCAGUGUUUGACAUCAAAGCUACUGCUCCUACCGUGUCUCCUUCCUGAGUCGGUGACUCCCACUGCAUAGCUACACAGAAGUUUCCUCUACAAAUGUAACAGUGAAAUGACACAUGCUAGGUUUGCUAGUAUUAUUUUCACUUAGCAUGAAGAUCUUUUAACUAAUUAACUAACAAUCUACUGUUUCACAAUACUUGCUUGAUACAGUUUUGAUUUAUCACUACACUGACAAGCUUUUUAUCUACUUGAACUUAAAUGAUUUAACGACAUGGUCAUUACAAUAUGACAUUCAUGAUGACCUGUCUAUUAAGUGUUGCAUGACGUUAUGCAAUACAAUAUUGCAAAUAUUUUCCUUGACAAAAAUAAAUCAUAGAACCUAUACACAAAACUUUAAACCUCACUCACAUGCCAACUUGAGUAAGAUAACAUUUCUAAAUAAAUGCCUAUACAUUAACAUGCUUUUAAUUUGGUAUACAUACACUUGUGAAAUUAUACUUAAAAAUCUGUAAAAUGUUUUAUUCUGUUCAAUAAAGGAUUUUAGUUGUACCCAAGAGUUUGCCUUUUACAUAGUUUUAAAACAUUAAGAGAAGUCAGGAUUUUGUUGGAAAUGGUUGUGUGGGGUCAACUUAAAUAACUUGACCCAAAGCCGGUUUGUUAUAUAAUAAAAAAUAAAUAUUGUAA